AUUUGGGUCAUCACCGAUUAUUUAAAGUAAACACUACAAUAUGGCUGCCAACAUCCAGUCGAUGUGUCAAUUCUGGAAAGAUUUCGAUUUAACCGAAUUACAGAAGAAUUUAGACACAACAGCUACAGUAAUUGCUAACAGACAAGAUGAAAGUGACGCUAGUCGUAAAAAACUUGUCGAUUUGAGUCGAGAUUUUAAAAAGAAUACCCCGGAAGAUAUACGGAAGGUAGUCGCGCCUUUGUUGCGUAGUUUUCAAAGCGAAAUUGAUAAUCUCUCUAAGAGGAGUAAAUUCGGUGAAACUGCCUUUCUCUCGAUCUAUAGGAAACUUAUUGACUUACCUGAUCCCGUACCGAUACUAGAGCAUGCCAUCAGCAUCCAGAAAAAAGCUCAAAAAGUCCAAGAUUUUGAAAUUGAAAACAAGCAACUUCGGGAAACACUGACGGAUUACAACCACGAAUUUGCUGAGGUGAAAAAUCAAGAAGUGACAAUAAAACAACUGAGAGAGAAAUUAAAAGAAUAUGAAGAGCGUAUGGAAGCUACGGUGGAAAUCAGGGUUAAGGAGAAAGAGAAAGAAAUUCAGAAGACUUUUGCUGAAAAAGAACGCCAACUGCAAGAAACUCAGUUGGCCGUGGCUAAGAAACUUGGAGAAGCUGAACAAAAAGUGUCCAUCCUUCGCAGUAACUUAGAGUCUGUCCAGUCAGAGUUGUUCGACGUUAAGGCCAAAUACGACGAGGCAACGGCUGCAAAAUCCGAUGAAACUGAUAUGCUUAUGGCAGACCUGGAGAGGGCAAAUGAAAGAGCAGUGGCGGUUGAACGACAGAUAGAGCAGAUUAAAGUGCAGAAUCAACAGCAACAGAUGCUUAUUUCUCAGAAUCAAGAUUCUUUAAGUCUGGAUAAAUCUGAAGAAAUGGAACAAGCGUUAGACAUCCUGAAACGUUCUAAUCUCGAAGUGGAACUUUCUGCAAAAGAAAAAGAAAUCAGCCAGCUUGUUGAUGAUGUGCAACGCCUGCAGAUGUCACAGACAAAACUACGCGAGUCAACAAGUGCUCGGAUCAACCAGCUGGAAGAAGAACUCAAUCAGAAGAACACUGCAUACCAAGAACUUGAAGAAAAAUUGAAAUUACAAGGAGAUUAUGAGGAGAUCAGCCGAGAGUUAACUAUUUUGAAAUCCAUUGAAUUCUGUAAAUCUUCCGACGAAGUUUCUGUACCUCAGUCAAAGUCGCUGGAGCUUUUACUUCUGGAGAAAAAUAAGAGUUUACAAGCUGAGACGACACAGCUGAAGAUGGCCAAUAGUGAGUUGAGCAAACAAUAUACAAAACUGCAGGACAGCUAUAAAGAAGCUGCUUCUACUCUUACAGAACAAAAAACAAUGAUAUCUCAACUUGAAGAAGAUUUACGCAGUGUUAAUGCAUUAUCUUCGAUGUUUCGUGGUGCAGCUGAAGGUGUUGAAGCUAAACCUGUCACUCCUACCACCGAGGUUAUGGCAGAUUUUGUUAAAGAGAUGACUCCUCCGGUGAAUGGAGAGAGUGACAAGUCUUCUCUAACUGCCGCUUCCUCUCUUCUACCAAUUGUUCAGAGUCAAAGAGAACGUUACCGUCUGCGAGCCCAGGACCUAGAAACACAGAAUUUGGUUUUGAAACAACAAGUCACUUUGCUCCAGAAUGAGACAGACAAACUCCGAUCUGACAAUGUCAAGCUGUAUGAGAAAAUACGAUUCUUACAAAGUUAUCCAUCAAAAUCUGAAUCUCACAUCAAUGUCGACGAAACAGAAAGCCAGUACUCUUCUCAGUACGAGGAGAGACUUAACCCUUUCAACACAUUCAACCGCAAGGAAAGAAUGAAGCGUUACAUGAACUUGAAACCCUACGACAAGAUCACGCUAAGCAUGGGCCGUUUCAUUAUGGGCAACAAGGUCGCUCGUACUGUCACCUUCUUUUACACAAUCUUCCUCCACUGCUUUGUGUUCUUGGUCCUUUAUAAAUUGGCGCACACCGAGUCCUGCAAGCGGGAUAUGGCUGCUGAAUGCCAAGCUAACUUUGCCGAACACAUGAUGAAGUUUCAUAAACACACCGAUACAGAAGGGAAGGAGCAACACCUUUUUUCUUAAAGGGUCAUCAAUAGAACCAAUACAUGGGGGGGGGGCGUCGUUUUUAAAGUUCUUACUGUCCCUUUCUUCUCUCGUUUCAGUUGUAAACACAUCAGCCGUAUAUAUACUAUAUACACACUUGUGUGUAUGUAAUGUAUCUAUGUAAAUGAGUACAUACAAACAUACACACACACACACACACACACACACACAUAUAUAUAUAUAUA